AUGACCACUACUUCCCGCCCAUAUUACCGCCACGGCUCUCCCCUAUCAGUAUUCAACCCGGCACAAGGCUUUGCUGCCAACGCUCCCAUGAUGCAGCGCAUCGACGUCGGCGACUCGUCCGACGAUGAGAUUCCGCCGCCCAUGAAGUUCAGCGCUCUGACGAGGGCCCUUCUCGACAGAGCACCGCAACUAAAGAUUGUGCGCAAAUCUUCACCAACGCACAGCCAAACUGCCACCUCGCCGCGCAUUGUUUCAGUCACCAAGCGAAACCCAUCCUCAUCACGUCAUACCGAACGAUACGCGUCGAGCAGAGAGACCACUCCUGCCCUCGAGUUCGUCACUCCAGCACCCGCCUCACGAUCAACCCGCUCGUCUGCAAGCAGAUCCGCCAGCAAUCCCUCGCCCGCUCUCGACCAUAUUGAUCAUGACGCGUCGCAAAACUUUGGAGCUUCGCAAUAUGAUGCUUCAACAAGGCAUAUGCCACCGUCGACCAUAAACAAGACUCGUCACGCGUCUGCAGAGUCAUCCGCACAUCCCGGCUCUGUACGCGUCAAGAGAGCUCCAGGUGCUUUCUUGCGAGGCGCUCCCGUAAGGAGAGGCUUCCGCAGGCGUGAAAGCGACGACAAUGUCAGCCCACACGAUGGCAGUGCUCCGUUGUCAGAAUCACAAUCACAACCGGACCACGAAGAGGAGCCCGCAUACUCGGCUGGACGCACAAGCAGAGCAGAUAGUGCCAAUGCUGAUUCUGCUGCUGUAUCAAGACACGACUUUGCGCGUUCAAGGGAUCACAGCCGCGACGUUUCCGCUCCAUCAAAACGCGACACAAGCAUCGAUCCACAUCGAGUAGCAUCUCGCACAUCUACCAGAGCCCCUAGUAUGGAGCGACCAGCAAGAAGGCCUAGCGUUGAGCCUCAUAAACGCGAGCGUAGUGAUUCUCGAGCCGCCUCAAACCAUGGAGAAGGGCUCGCUCAAAGGAGGGCAAGUAACGAUCACAUGGCUUCACGUCCUGCGCCAGAAUACCAACGACAAACCCGCCCGACCUCAAGCGCUCAGCACGACGCCAUCGAGGAUCAAGAAAAUAUUCCUCCUCCGACCUUCAAACGCGACAGACACCAUGACUUCAAGUACCUUGGAAAGCCAGAGAAGAUCGCGUUGCACUCGAGGUCUCAACCUGUCGAAGAGACGCCCAUGUCCGUCUCGACACACCAGUCGCCUCGUAGAGCACUCACCGCAAUCAGCAACAACACUCCUGUCAGACCUGCUCCUCCACCACCGCCAAAGAUGAGUGUCCUGGACGCCGCGACAAAAACUGCUGGCGCGAGCACUACCAAGAGCAAGAAGAGACGUCAACAUAUUCUCAUCAACGGAAAGCUGUUCACUCAGAUGAACAAGGUCGGAAAAGGUGGCAGCAGUGAUGUUUACUGUGUCAUGGCCGAGAAUUACAAACUCUUUGCCUUGAAAAAGGUCAAGCUGGAAGAUUGCGACGAAUCAGCCAUGCGCGGUUUCAAGGGUGAGAUCGAUCUUCUCGAGAAACUGGCAGACGUCGACCGUGUAAUUCGACUUUUCGACUGGGAACUGGACAACGAGAAGCAGAUCCUCAGCGUGCUGAUGGAGAAGGGCGACCAGGAUCUCAACCGCAUCUUGACAAUUGCGCUCAACGGCACAGACCCAAAGUUUGACCCAGUCUUGACUCGUUUCUACUGGAAAGAAAUGCUUGAAUGUGUUCAAGCUGUCCACGACUACGAUAUUGUUCAUUCCGAUCUAAAACCCGCCAACUUCUUAUCUGUACAAGGCAAGCUCAAACUCAUCGACUUUGGUAUCGCAAAUGCCAUCGACAUUGCUCAUACGGUCAACGUUCACCGCGACUCGCACAUUGGCACACCCAACUAUAUGUCGCCUGAGAGUAUCUUGGACACAAAUGCACCUACACCUGGCAGCGAACGCACCUCGAAUAACGGCAGUCGGCUGAUGAAGAUCGGCAAGCCUUCGGAUGUUUGGUCUCUCGGCUGCAUUCUAUAUCAAAUGGUUUAUGGUCGCCCACCUUUCGCCCACAUCGCCAACCAGAUCAGUCGUAUCAUGGCUAUCACGAAUUCGAAAGUCGUCAUCGAGUUCCCGGACAGGGGCGUGGGUGGUGUGACGGUGCCCUCUGCACUGAAAGGCACUCUUCGUCGUUGCUUGCAACGUGAUCUGCACGCUCGUCCAACUGUAAAGCAACUUCUCAGCCUCUCGGACCCAUGGCUGUACCCGGAUGUUGGUAACGCCGUUGCCAUGAACGAGGACCUGCUUGCACAGAUCAUCGACAAGGUUGUCGAGAGGUGCAAGGACCCCAAACGUGGUAUCCCCUCUCCUGAUGAAGUCAAGCAAUACCCUGCCAGCUUCAUGUCCAAGAUUCGCGAGAUGGUCGAGCGCGACGGUGUCGUUGGGUGA